AGCCGGAGGAGGGGGAAGGAGGGAGGGGAGAGCUGUGGCGGCGGCUGCGCCGGGCUCUGUGUCUCUCGCCGGCGGAGGAAGAUGAGGCUGAAGAUUGGGUUCAUCUUACGCAGUUUACUGGUGGUGGGAAGCUUUCUGGGGCUAGUAGUCCUCUGGUCUUCCCUGUCCCCGCGGCCGGACGACCCAAGCCCGCUGAGCAGGAUGAGGGAAGACAGAGAUGUCAAUAACCCCAUGCCUAACCGAGGAGGCAAUGGAUUAGCUCCUGGGGAUGACAGAUUCAAACCUGUGGUACCAUGGCCUCAUGUUGAAGGAGUAGAAGUGGACUUAGAGUCUAUUAGAAGAAAAAACAAGGCGAGAAAUGAACAAGAGCGCCAUGCUGGAGGAGAUAACCAGAAAGACAUAAUACAGAGGCAGUAUCUCACAUUUAAGCCUCAGACAUUCACCUACCGAGAUCCUGUGCUACGCCCAGGGAUCCUCGGUAACUUUGAACCCAAAGAACCUGAGCCUCAUGGAGUGGUUGGUGGCCCUGGAGAGAAAGCCAAGCCAUUGGUUUUGGGACCAGAAUUCAAACAUGCAGUUCAAGCCAGCAUUAAAGAGUUUGGAUUUAACAUGGUGGCAAGUGACAUGAUCUCACUGGACCGCAGCGUCAAUGACUUACGACAAGAAGAGUGCAAGUAUUGGCAUUAUGAUGAAAACCUGCUCACUUCCAGCGUUGUCAUUGUCUUCCACAACGAAGGAUGGUCAACCCUCAUGAGAACGGUCCACAGUGUCAUUAAAAGGACUCCAAGGAAAUAUUUAGCAGAAAUUGUGCUAAUUGAUGAUUUCAGUAAUAAAGAACACUUAAAAGAAAAACUAGAUGACUAUAUUAAGCUGUGGAAUGGCUUAGUGAAGGUAUUUCGAAAUGAAAGAAGAGAAGGUUUAAUUCAAGCACGAAGUAUUGGUGCCCAGAAGGCUAAACUUGGGCAGGUUUUGAUAUACCUUGAUGCCCACUGUGAGGUGGCAGUUAAUUGGUAUGCACCGCUCGUAGCUCCCAUAUCUAAGGACAGAACCAUUUGCACUGUGCCGAUUAUAGAUGUCAUAAAUGGCAACACAUAUGAAAUUGUACCCCAAGGGGGUGGUGACGAAGAUGGGUAUGCCCGAGGAGCAUGGGAUUGGAGUAUGCUCUGGAAACGGGUGCCUCUGACCCCUCGAGAGAAGAGAAUGAGAAAGACAAAAACUGAACCAUAUCGGUCCCCUGCCAUGGCUGGUGGAUUAUUUGCCAUUGAACGAGAGUUCUUCUUUGAACUGGGUCUGUAUGAUCCAGGUCUCCAGAUUUGGGGUGGUGAAAACUUUGAGAUCUCAUACAAGAUAUGGCAGUGUGGUGGCAAAUUACUGUUUGUCCCUUGUUCGCGCGUUGGACACAUCUACCGUCUUGAGGGUUGGCAAGGGAAUCCUCCGCCCAUUUAUGUUGGGUCGUCUCCAACUCUGAAGAAUUAUGUUCGAGUUGUAGAGGUGUGGUGGGAUGAAUAUAAAGACUACUUCUAUGCCAGUCGUCCUGAAUCAAAGGCAUUACCAUAUGGGGAUAUAUCUGAGCUGAAAAAAUUUCGAGAGGAUCACAACUGCAAAAGUUUCAAAUGGUUCAUGGAAGAAAUAGCUUAUGACAUAACUUCACACUACCCUUUGCCACCCAAAAAUGUUGAAUGGGGAGAAAUCAGAGGCCUUGAAACUGUUUACUGCAUUGAUAGCAUGGGGAAAACAAACGGAGGCUUUGUUGAACUAGGACCCUGCCACCGGAUGGGAGGGAAUCAGCUUUUUCGAAUCAACGAAGCUAACCAACUUAUGCAAUAUGACCAGUGUUUGACAAAGGGGCCUGAUGGAUCAAAAAUUAUGAUUACACACUGUAAUCUAAAUGAAUUUAAGGAAUGGCAGUACUUCAAGAACCUGCACAGAUUUACUCACAUUCCUUCAGGAAAGUGCUUAGAUCGCUCAGACAUCCUACAUCAAGUGUUCAUCUCCAAUUGUGACUCCAGUAAAAUGACUCAAAAGUGGGAAAUGAAUAACAUCCAUAGUGUUUAGAAAGAAUAAAAGAAACCAAUAACCUACCUACUGACACAUAAAUUUAUACAGGACUGAAAACCGCCUGAAACCUGCUGCAACUAUUAUUAACUCUGUACAGCUCCAAACCCAGAACCUCCUGAUCAGUUUGAAGGAUGUUGAUAAACUGUGAUUUUACAAUAACAUUAUCAUCUGCAGUUACUGUUUACAAAACUGCUUUUACCUUAAACUUUGUAGAUGUUUACAUCUUUUUUUGUUUUGUUUUAAGAUGAUGUUGGUAAUUUGUGCAUUUAGCUCUGUUUUAAUUAGAACAGAGUUAAAAGCAUUGUUGUCUUCUUUGGGAUUACACUCAGGGGUCUGAAAGGCAGUUUGAUUUUUUUUUUUCUUUAACACACUUGAAAAAAGGUUGGAGUAACCAGACUUUCAUAUAUAACUUGGUGAUUAUCAACCUGUUGUGUCUUUAUUUAAUUUUACAUCUUUAUGAAGCACUGCCACAGGUUCUUAGCCAAGGUGGCCUUCCUUCACAGUCAUGCUGCUUUUUUGAAAGGUGAAUUUCAACACAUUUAGUGCCUCUUUCAUUUCUCAGUAUAUAUUUCAAGAGCUUUUGAUGAAAUUUUUAGGAUGGUAUUGAUGGAAUUGUCAUCUGUAUGAGGAACACUUUUAUUACUCAGAAAUGAAUUUACAUGCUACCAUUUGCUCUGAAAUUGAAUGUUGUGCGGCUUGAGAAAGAAAAGACAGUAUGGAACAUCUUAAGGCUAUUUCAUAGGGUUGAAGAUUGUAUGGCAUUAACUUCCUUACAUGCUGGCAUUCCCAAUGCUCUCUGUUGAUACUGACUCCCAAGAUCAGUCAAGAGGGUCUACCAACUAGAGAAAAAUUGUCCACUGACAUCUGGGAUUUACUUUUCCCCAGUACCUGUCACUAUAGAAAACUAUAAGUAAUUCUCGGUUUCGAAAUCUUGAAAUAUGGGGGUAACAAAAAUAACAAAACACCACUGUAAACACAUCAGAGUUUCAUUCUGACCAACGUAAGAAUUUCCAAGCCCUUUUUAGAUUAAGCCUUACAAAAACUCCUGUGCAUUAUUAACCUAAGCUGUGCAACCUAUGAAGCCAAGAGUGAAUGGAUGUUUCAUGUAUAUCUUCAUCCAAAUGAAAUUCCCUACACAUUUUUUAAAUUAAAAUCUAUUUAAAAAUACAGUUCAUUAACAAAUAUGAACUUCUGUUAGGUUAGGUUUUGGUUCUCUAGUGUUUCUUAAUUUUUUUUAGGAAGCAUAUUCCUAUUAGUAUUUCUCCAGUGAAAAAGAAGACUUGUUUGGAUUUAAACAUUUAUUAAGAUAGGACUUAACUAUAGGAAAACCAAACAGUGCAAGUGGUCAAUUCAGUUUUAAUUUCUAAAUAGUCUUUUGUUACCCAAAAGAUUAAAAUGCUACAUUGAGUUUAAAAAAAGAAAGAAAGAAAGAAAGAAAGAAAGAAAGAAAGAAAGAAAGAAAAAGGAUGAAAUGGGGAAUGGCAAGUAAAUUAAGCAUUUUUGAUCCUGUAAUCAUGAUAUCAUUACAAUGAAAGGAAUUUCACAAACUACUGCCAGAGGGAACUAUUUUUAAUUACAGCUUAAAAAAGGAAAGAAGAAAAGCCUACAGAUUUCUUUCUUCCAAGCUUAGCUCUUAAAUUUAGAGAGUCAGAUUUAAACAUCCUGAAUGGAAUUUUAUUUAUAAUUUUGAAUUGUCAAUUUGUAUUUUGCUACUGAUCUGUGAUCAACCAUUUUAACUUUCAUUCAUCUCUAGGGAUGUUUAAAAAGGAAUACAUUUAUAUAUGCUUAUAUAAUUGCAAAAGAAAUCAACUAUAAAAAGGAAACUCAGACAAUUGGUACUUCAAUUACUUGUAUCUCUGCAAAUAGGCUCCAUUUUCCUUGUUGAAUAGAUUAUAACCUUGCUAACUAUGCAUAGGCCUAAGAAAGGUGGCACAUAAACUGUGCAUGUAAAUUUUAAAUGGGUACUUUGUGCAAUUCGUUAAUACUCUAUGAAAAUGAUUCUAUAUAUUGAAAUCAGAAACUGUACCAAACAUGAAAAACAUCAGAAGCUGCUGCCAUAGGACUAUUUUCUACUGUAGGCUGCUUUGGAAAUAAUUCCCAUAUCCUUGCUUUGUAAGUUGAUAAUAUCACUAUGCAUUUCUACACAUUUUAUAAAUUUGAUUUAUGCAGAUUUUGAUACACUGUAUGUUUCUGUAGAAAUUGUAUAAAUAUUCAAAUUUUAUUAGGGAUAAAUUUGAGAAGUUUAUGUAUAUCUUAAUUCUGGGUUGCUUGUUUUUUAGGUGAGAAAAAAAUAAAAUACUGUAUUUUAAUCCA